UUGCUUUUUUUAGGCACAGAUACUUCCACAUUUGCUGGGUUUAGAGCUUGCAGCUGUCUGAAAGGAUUUCAUCGUACCCAUCUUUUUGAAGGCUGCACACAAUGCAACGAAGAAGGAUUACAAUGUGUGGAUGAUCAUGUUAAGCUGAAGAAGGGUUACUGGUGGAAAUGGGAAAGUCAGACCCACAAACAAUUUUAUGAAUCAUUUGCACGUAAUCUCUUGGAUUCAAGGAACUCUUCCUCGCCAAAUGCGUCCCUCAUCGAGUUCCCAUACACUGUUCCUACGCCGCACAAAUGUCCACAACCAGAGGCUUGCUAUGGCGGUUUCAAUUCUUCUUGCGCUAACGGCUAUCAAGGACCGCUGUGUGAAAUUUGUAAUGAUGGCUAUUACAAACAGUUUCAAACGUGUAAAAAGUGUCCAACGAAGAAAUGGAUGAUCGGACAACUGUCGAUCGUGGUGGCAGUUAUUCUGGUCAUUAUUUUAGUCAUCCUAUGGUCAAGUAAAAAGAAGCAAAAGGAGGAGAAUAAAGGAAGAUCUACAGUGGAUAUGAUACUUGGAAGACUGAAAAUUGUCAUCGGCUUUUACCAAGUCACUGAUGGCCUGUUACAGACAUUUUCCUAUAUUAAAUGGCCAGAUUCUCUUUCUGUCAUUGGAAAAUAUUCGGAGAUGGUACAGCUUAAUGUAUUUCAAAUUGCGCCUCCUCACUGCAUCUUUCCUGAAUUGAAGGUCAAUGCUUUUAAGAGCUUGUUUGCGAUCCUUGCAAUGAAUGGCACAGCCAUCAUCAUUGCGAUUCUCAUUUAUUGUUUACGAAAGCUUCUACUCGAACGGAGUGCUUCCUGCAAAGAGGAAAAGUUAAAGAAAUCUUCUCAAACGAAAGAGCUGAUCUUCAGAAACCUGUUUUUCUUCCUGUACGUGACAUAUCUCAGUACCUGCUCCAAUACAGCUAGUGUGGUUCCCCCAACUUGCCGUCUGCUUUGUUGGGACAAAACGAAAACCCAGUGUCAAAAGUUUCUUAAGACUGACUACAGUAUCGACUGUGAGAGUACAGACUACAGUCGAUCAGUCAUCGUUGCCUACAUUGCAGUCGCUUACAUACUACUUCUUCCCACAGCAUCACUUAUAGCUCUCUGGAAAGCGCGAUUGACCGUUACAAGUCAGAAUGAAAUGGAAGACGAGCAUCAAAAUCCUGAUAUCAAAGUGAAAAGUAGCGAAGUCACCACAGGCUUGCGAUUCCUUUUCGAAAACUACCACCCGCGCUCGUGGUACUGGGAACUGGUAGACACAGUACGGAAGGUGGUCCUCACGUCAGGUCUGAUCCUGGUUGGUGGUGAAAGCAGAGCAUAUGUGGGACUGGCUUGCGUCAUGUCAGGACUCUAUGGAAUGUUUUUUGCCUAUGUCAGCCCUAUAGUGGAUCCAUUCGAGAACAGGCUAAUGCUGAUAUCUCUGGCUGUGACCUUUGUAAACUUGGGAAUAGGAGCUGUGAGUAAAAUUAACAGCGAGAACAUUCCUGCCUCAAUCGAUCCUUAUGUGGAUAAAAUCAUGUUCAAGGUUCUGGUGUUUGGAGCAAAUUCUUUGGUAAUCGGUCUUCUCGUAGGUGAGUCAAGUGUAAAACUACUUCGGUUAUUAAUUUACCUUUCAAUAGUAUAAUAUUCAACCCUGGGUAUUGUUAUUAAUGACAUUAUAGGGGAAUCAAUCUGACCUGGGACAAGCCCAAGAUAGACUAAUUUGAAUAUAGGUAAUCUGGAACCCGACUUACUCGCAGGGGUGGGCGGGUGAAUCGCCAAUCGCCCUUCGUGUCAACAAAGUGAAGUGAAUGGGACAAAAUGUACUAGAAUUUCCCAUUGUAUAUACUCAUUUGCAUAUCAUUAAUUAAUCCCCAGGGAUGAUAUUUACAAUUCAAAUGGUACGUGAGCAUAUGCCUGCCUGCGCUUGUAAUAGUGAUCACCAAGCUACAAGAAGUAUGACCUGAAGUAAAUUAUGUGUUUUUUACUAUUGUUAACGCUUGGAAUCAACUAACCCAUAAAAUUAUAAGAUGGUUAACUGACCUUAACUGUAUUUGUACACACUUUGUAAACGUAACAAUCGUGUUUAUAUUGGGAAGUUCAGUAAUAAUAAUCCAGAUGGCCAAAACUUUCAUCUUUUGGCCAUUCUUAUUCUGAAGUAUCCACCUUAUUCUGAGCUAUCCAAACAGAUACUUUGCUAUGAAUAUACAGUUUACAGAUAUUUAGUACCUCAUCACCCAAAGCAUUUACUGGAAUAAAUAUAAAUGCUAUUGUUCUUGGCACCUUUGUCUAGCUAAGAUAAGUACAAGUUGACAGGUGUGCUUGAUAACCUUGUCCCCGUCUGAGGGAGUUGUUGUCCUAUCAGGGUACUAAAGUUGAGGGUGUUAUCCUAAACAGGGUAUUGGUUUCAAACCCUCAGCGGCUCACCUAUACCCAAGUAUUGGUCGAGUACCCCCACCCCUGCCCCCCGGCCUGCUAUCCUAGAAGCAAGCUUCGAAUUAACUGAGCCAUAAUUAAACAAUAAUUGACUGCAUUUGUACCCUUUUUGUAAACGCAACAAUCGUGUUUAUUUUGGGAAGUUCAAAAUAAUAAUCCAGAUGGCCAAAACUUUCAUCUUUUGGCCAUUCUUAUUCUGAAGUAUCCACCUUUUUCUGAGCUAUCCAAACAGAUACUUUGCUAUGAAUAAGCUUUACAAUGCAGUCGCGGUACUGUAAUUAAACAGACAUUGUUUGCUCCUUGCACUAAAUUCUUACAAAAAGAACGUGAAAAACAACUAACCUCUAUGUAGGCUUUGAUCCAUAUUUUGGAGAAACCAUUCGCAUCUUGGCCUUUUUCAGUCUUUGUAUACUUAUUUCUUUGAACACAACAAGGUCGUGAAGAGUCGGAGUGAUUUGCCGAAAAAUAAUUUUAUUCAGUUCCAGUCUCCGAGCGGAUACCUGAUUUUGGAGUAUCCAUUCUAGUCACGACCUAUCAAAAAUGUGGACUUGCCAAGACACGCCUGAGACACCCCUCCCUUCCUUUUGAUAGUCUCCCCUACCCCACCCGUACAAUCUGUAGACGCGUACGUACGUAUGUACGUACGUACGUACGUACGUACGCUCGGUCAAUCACGUGACAACCAAACGAAAAGAGGUUGACCAUAUUCCAUGAGUAUGGGGCUCUGUCCCACGCGCGCUUCGCGCGCGCGGGAGCCCCGCUAUCAUUAAUUAAUCCCCAGGGAUGAUAUUUACAAUUCAAAUGGUACGUGAACAGGAAGCCUAAGCAACCACGACGACGAAAACGUCAACGUCAAAAAAGAAAAAACAGAAACGUUGCCUACAUUUGACAAAUUGAGGGGAUCCAAAUAGACGUCGUCUUUUCCGUCGUCUUUGCUUAAGUUCCCCAAUCACAAGUAGGACGAUGCUGUUGGUUUUCGGCCGAAAUUUAGUUCACGAUGUAAAUCGGUUAAGGUUCAACCUCCAUUCUAACUGUAAUUGUAUUACUGUAACAUGUGCCUUAAUUGAGCAGCUGCAAAUUUUGGGAUUUUUCGCGUCCUUGCAAUAAUUGCACAGUUCACAAUUCAUCGCGUUUCUCACAGUCAGUGAUCUUUACUAGUAGUUAUAAGUAUUAAAGUAAGUAAGUAAGUGUGUAUGUAAGCACUGCUAAGUCAGUCCAGUGGCGGAUCCAGGAGAGGGGCCCGGGGGCGCGGCCCUCACCCCCCCCCCUUAUUUUUCGACCAAAAUGAGGCCCGAAGGGCCGAAAAUAAUUUUUGGGGUACUGGGCCCUCUUCCCCUUAUCUCAGGGUCUGAAUGACAGUCCCCCCCUAUCUGAAGGUCUGGAUCCGCCCCUACAGUCAGUCAGUAUAAGUAAGUAAUAUAGAAGACUUGAACUUAAAGCCAAAAUAUUCAUAGAGAAGAGUUAAGACACUACAAGAGAGGACUCCGCCUUAUAAAACGUCAAGUCAACGUGUACGUUUUAAGAAGGUGUUUUUGAAAGGGAGAGAUGACUUCAGACAGUCCUAAGUAUACGUAACUAUGACUUUUGUUUCUUUGCAGUUCAGUAUAUUGUAUACAUCUAUCGCUUUAUAAAAGAAUGGCUCAAGAAUCCCAAGUGCUCUUUCUCUUGCUGUCUGGCCUUGCUACUGCCUUUGAAUGAAUUGCAGGGAGAACUACGUGGAUUUGCUGGAAGGAAUGUUUUUAAGAGCCAACUGCAAAAAGGAAAAAUGAAUAUGCCGUCAAUUUCAACCUCUUUCCAAGAUACUGGUGCUAUUAACUUUAGUUUGGAAGAAGAUCAACCCAGCCAGGCAGGUGAAAGGAAUUCUGAUCAUGAGGAAACACCUGGAAGCAAGAGCGACAAACAAACCCAGACUCGAGAAAGCGGGAAAGAAUCCAUCUUUACCAAAAUUUCAGUUCAUGAAGUUCCAGAAAUGACAUACGAUACGUCUUUUUAA